AAAAGAAGCAAACCUCGUCGUCACGCCAUCCCUCUCCACCUCUCGUCUUCCAGACGCCUCCAAUCCGGGCUCCCAGCGUCUCGGAAAAGAGGAGCAGCACGGCACGGCGGCGAUGGCGAGGAACGCUCCAAUAAUAUGCUAACCCGUUCUACCCAGUCCAAUUAGCAGCCUCCCAAGGAGAAGGAGAUCCAAUCCUGCGGGCGGGCGUCCCCGUAUCCCAUCCAUCGAUCCGAAUCUCGGAAUCUGCAGGACCCUGCGGCGCGGCUUCUUCGUGGAGAAGAGGUUGCUGCCGAAGCCACCGCCAGGUAGCCAUGUCGUCCUCCGUGCUGAGGGCUGCGGCCGACAGGGCCAUUCGCAGGCAGGCCCUCACGCUGACGAACGCCGCGGUGUCCAGGAUCCGGCAGCUCCUCAGCCUAAGGCAACGGCCAUACCUGCGGCUGGGUGUCAAAGCGCGAGGUUGCAACGGCCUCUCCUACACCCUCAACUAUGCCGAUGAAAAGGGGAAGUUCGAUGAGCUUGUCGAGGAGAAAGGAGUUAAAGUACUGAUCGACCCCAAGGCUUUGAUGCAUGUUAUAGGCACCAAGAUGGACUAUGUUGAUGAUCCAUUAAAGUCCGAGUUUGUGUUCAUAAACCCAAAUUCCAAAGGGCAGUGUGGCUGCGGUGAGUCUUUCAUGACUACAGGCAGCAAAGGGUCGACGUCAUGAGGCGUUUUUCAGUGUAAAUGCUUAGCCAAGUGUCUGCAGGCUCCAGCUACAGAUUUUCUUGUGUCUGUUGCGUCGCAGUUCAUUCAUAUAUAUAAUAACACAGCAGUGGGUUUGUACUGGAUAUGCAACUAACUCGCAUUUACUUGUAAGUUCACCUCAAAUGUUGUUAUUA